GGCGGGGUGGAAGGGGAUAGAAGCAGGCGCGCGGGGGGAACCGCCGAGGUGCGCCUGGGGAAGCCGCGCGCACAGUGAGAAGGCACCAGCUCGAAGGACUCAGAUCGGGUAGAUGUCGACUAAUGCGGCCGCGUGGACAGCGAAAAGGAAGUGCUGCGUGUGAGGUUCCAUCAGGAAGAGGCAAGUGGCGCGGGACUGCUAGGCACGCGUUGUUUAGAAGAGUCGAAGCUUCCACCUCCCACUGAACAACCCCACCAAAAUGGCUGCUUUUGGACACACCUUCCCUUUCUACACUGGCCGCAAGCCGACCUUCCCAAUGGACACCAGCUUGGCCGUCAUCAUCGCCAUCUUUCUGACUUCACUGGUCACUUUCAUCAUCCUCCUGCCAGGCAUUCGGGGCAAGAUGAGGCUGUUCUGGAUGCUGCGGGUGGUGACCAGCUUAUUCAUUGGAGCUGUGAUCCUGGCCAUGAAUUUCAGUUCUGAGUGGUCUGUGGGCCAGGUCAGCACCAACAUGUCAUACAAGGCCUUCAGUUCUGAAUGGAUCAGUGCCAAUGUUGGGCUUCAGAUCGGGCUGGGAGGAGUCAACAUCACACUCACAGGGAACCCAGUGCAGCAGCUGAAUGAGACCAUCAACUACAAUGAGGAGUUCACCUGGCACCUGGGCGAGAACUAUGCUGAGGAGUAUGCACAGGCACUGGAGAAGGGGCUGCCAGACCCUGUACUCUACCUGGCUGAGAAGUUCACCCGAAACAGCCCAUGUGGACUGCAUGGCCAGUACCGCCUGGCAGGACAUUACACCUCGGCCACACUAUGGGUGGCAUUCCUCUGCUGGCUGCUGGCUAAUGUGAUGUUCUCCAUGCCCGUGCUGAUCUACGGUGGCCACAUGCUGCUGGCCACAGGCAUCUUCCAACUGUUGGGGCUGCUAUUCUUCUUCAUGGCAACGUCACUCACCCCACCCUGUCCUCUGCACCUGGGCACUGCUAUGUUGCACACUCAUCAUGGGCCUGCCUUCUGGAUCACGUUGACCACAGGACUGCUUUGUGUGCUGCUGGGCCUGGCCAUGGUGGUAGCGCAUAGGAUGCAGCCCCACAGGCUGAAGGCUUUCUUCAGCCAGAGUGUGGGGGAGGAACCUGUGCUGGAGAGGAAUCCUGAGGAAGGGGGACUCCUGAGCCCUCGCUAUCGGUCCACAGCUGAGAGUCCUGAGCCCCAGGACAUUCCUCUGUCAGAGGCUUCCUCUGAGGUACCUUGUGAAGAUCCUGAUUGUGCCCUGUGAGGUUCCUCUUCCUGGUGGCUACCUGGACUGCCAGUCUGGCUUCAGACUUUGCCCCAUAAAACCACCAGAACUGCCCACAGGAUGGGUUGUAUCAGCCUCUCUGCCCCAAUCUGUAGGUGGAGUAGAAAAAGAGGCUCUACCUAUUGAUAUUAAAAAACAAAACAAGGAAGUUCCCAUGUGGUGCAGCAGAUUAAGGAUCUGGCAUUGUCGCAGGUGCUGCACAGGUCACAACUGCAGCAUGGGUUUUGAUCCCUGGCCUGGGAACUCCCACAUGCUGUGGGUGCAGUACAGGGGGGGAAAAAAAAAAAAAAAAA